CAAAUUAUAUCAUCAUCACUUGCCAUUGCUAGCUAGUAGUAGGACUGGUACGAUGGCCAGUUAUCCAUACUACUCCCCACCACCACCGCCUUCACCACCGUGUAAUAACACAACUUCUCCGAUACUCCUCCCUCCACCUCCACCUCCACCUCCACCUCCACCAUCACCACCACCACCACCUCCAGCAUGUAACCACACAGCUACUCCAACACUUUCACCCCCACAAUCACCACCGCCGCCAGCACAAUCACCCUAUUCUCACUCACCACCUUCUCUCUCACCCCCACCACCAACAUCCCCACAAAAGCCUCCACAAUGGGGGCCACCGCCUUCAUCUAACUACUCCCAACCAAAAUCACCACAGCCACCUUCAUCGCCAUCACCACCACCACCACCACCUUCGUCGUAUGCAUACUACUCGCCUCCACCGCCUUCAUCACCGUGUAAUACUACUACUCCAACACUCCAACCUCCACCUCCACCACCACCAGCAUGUGGCUGUAACAACGCUACUCCAACUUUGCCAUCACCACCUCCACCACCACCUUCAUUUCACUCCCCACCACCCCCAUCCCCAUCACAUCCGUCACCACCGCCCCCACCACCACAUCGGUCACCCCCAUCACCGCCGCCGCCUUCAUCUUUCCCUCCACAAUUGCAUUCACCACCGCCCCCACCACCACAUCGGUCACCCUCAUCACCGCCGCCGCCUUCAUCUUUCCCUCCACCAUUGCAUUCACCACCGCCCCCACCAUCACAUCCACCACCCCAAUCACCACCACCACCACCACUUCCACCGCCUUCAUCACCACCAUCACCACCACCUAAACCUUCAACACCGUCACCGUCACCGCCACCACUAUCCCCAGACUCACCACCCUGUCAUUGCGUAUGCCCUUCUCCUUGGGCAUCCCCUCCCAAUUAUUGGGCAACCCCUCCCAAUUAUAAUUCAAUUGCACCAGGACCAAAUUUUUUGUCACCUAGCAAUGGCCCCCGCACACCAGUUCUUGCCACCUUUGUCUCCCUAGGUGGUCUAUUUUUUCUUUCUUUUAUUGUAAUUGGUCUCCUUUCCAUGGCCGAGAAGAAGGGCAUGCUUCCAUUUCAAUUUUCAAGGCUGCUGCGACGCUACAGUAUUCCUUCCGGAGGAGGGCCUGAGAUGGGUCCGCCUGACUUGGAGCAACCUGAACCCAGUAACACAAGUGGGACCGACAAGAUGAGUUCGGAUCCAAACUUGCGCAAGCCUCCCCGUGAUAAAAGUGUGAUGGAACUCAUGGAUGCUCCUCCAGACGACAGUGUGACUGAUACUGCAGAUACAUCUCAAGAUGUGGAGAAAGCAGAAUCCAACGAAGUUGGAGAAGAAUCAAAUGACUCCGAAAAGAAACGGCGCCUACCCAAGAUUAAAAAACCUUCAAGGAGUGGUGCAAAGAAGAGAAAAGACAAGCAUUCUGGAAUCAGUCAAGUUCUGAAUACUGGAUGUCGUCAAGUUCUGAAUACUGGAUGUUGGUCUGAUUUACACGAGGCAGAACAACCUGAAGAUGGUGAAAACGAUGAAGAUGAAAAUCCAGAACAACGUAAUGCAGCGGAACAAGAGACAAAGAACACAAAAUCUGCUCAAGAUGAGGGGGAAGGAUCUAAUCCAGUUAAAGAAGGAUCAAAUGAGCGCAGCGACAAGCCUCACAGUAACCCAAGUGAGAUUAAAAAUACAGAUGCUACUCAAGAUGAUGCAGCUAAAGAGGAUUCAAAUGAUUCCAAAAGAAAAUUGCGGCCCCCUAAUAAGGGCAAAGCGUCGAGUAGUGUGAUGGAACUCAUGGAUACUCCUGCAGACCAGAGUGUGACUGAUACUGCAGAUACAUCUCAAGAUGUGGCGAAAGCAGAAUCCAAUGAAGUCGGAGAAGAGCGAAAUGACUCCGAAAAGAAACCGCGCCUACCCAAGAUUAAAAAACCUUCAAGAAGUGGUGCAAAGGAGAGAAAAGACAAGCAUUCUGGAAUCCGUCAAGUUCUGAAUACUGGAUGUCGUCAAGUUCUGAAUACUGGAUGUUGUUCUGAUUUACAGGAGGCAGAACAAUCUCAAGAUGGUGACAAAGAUGAAGAUGAAAAUCCAGAACAACGUAAUACAGCGGAACAAGAGACAAAGAACACAAAAUCUGCUCAAGAUGAGGGGGAAGGAUCUAAUCCAGUUAAAGAAGAAUCAAAUGAGCGCAGCGACAAGCCUCACAGUAACCCAAGUGAGACUAACAAUACAGAUGCUACUCAAGAUGAUGCAGCUAAAGAGGAUUCAAAUGAUUCCAAAAGAAAACUGCGGCCCCCUAAUAAGGGCAGAGCGUCGAGUAGUCGUGGUAAUCCACAAGGAAAAAGACAGCCUUCCAGAUUUGGUCAAUUAUUGAAUGCCGCGGGUAAUAUUUGUCAUGGGGCAGUACAAUCUCAAAAAGAUGACAACGACGAAUUGAAUGAUGGCGGAGAAUUGAAUGACGGUGGUUCAAAUAAUGUAGAUGAAGGAGUGGAACCUGAUGCACAUGACAAAGAAUCAGAUGAGCGUCCUCGUAAGCCUCUCAUUGACACCAGUGUGUCUGACAACACAGAAGCUGCUCAGGAUGAGAAAGAACCAGAUGAAGGUGAGGGAAAAUCAUAUGAAUCAGAAAAAAAACCGUUGCACACAAAAAAUCCUUCUGCUCGUGGUCGUCCGAUGGGAAAACAGAACCCUUCCGAAUUCGUUAAAGCUUACAAUUUCGCAAGUAAUGUUGAUGAAGAUGGAGCUGUAAAAUCUCAAGAGGAUGACAAUGGCAAAGCAUUAGUACAAGAAUCAGAAGCUCAAGAAGAUGGCGGAGAAUUGAAUUUGGGUGGUCCAAAUAAUGCAAAUGAAGAUGUCAAGUUUCCAUCUAAUGUACAUGAUGAAACACCAGAUGAGCGCCACCGCAGGCCCCUCUAUAACCAAAGUGAGAGUGACGACACAGAUGUUACUCAAGAUGUGGAGCAACCUGAUGCAGUUAAACGAAUAUUGGUCGAUUCAAAAUCCUUCCAGAAGAAAAAUCAUUCUAGUCAUCGUACUGGAAAACAAAAGGCUUCCAUAGUUGAUCAAGUUUCGAAUGCCGCAAGUAAUGUUGAGCUAGAUGGGGCAGGGCAAUCUAAAAACGAUGAUACAGAUGAAGUAGCGGUGAAUGAAUCAGGACCCCAAAAUGAUUACGCAGAAUUGGGAUUAGGUGGUUCAAUAAAAGACCCGCGUGGGGGAGAAGUUCGUACUCGAGCAAGAAGUAGAGGGCCUUCGAAUCUUAUUAGCUGCUCAAGUCCCGCUAGUGGUAAUGAUUCAAGUAGGGCAAUGGAUUCUUUGGACGAUGUAGAAGGCGAAGUUGAAGUAUCCGAUCUAUUUGAUAGUGCUGGAGGAAGUAAACACGCUCUGAGUAAAGCUAUGGCUCUUGGUGAUGACAAAGCAAAAGUACAUCAAUUGAAAUCAGGCGGUUCAAAUAAAGAUUCGCCAAGGCGCCAACAUCGUACUCAGGUACGAGAGGAUAAAAAGCCCUUCGAUCUUGAACAAAUUGUGACUGCCGCAAGCGGUAGUGAUCCAGGCAAGGCACUGGUUUCUUUUGGCAAUGAAGAUGACAAUGUACAAGUGUUAGAACCAUUUGCCUCAAAUGUAGAUUCAGACAUGCGCCAAUUGCAUACUGGUGCUCGAGGAAUUGAACAGUUUCCCAAUCUUUCCCAAAAUUUUACCGGCACAAUUGAGGAUGAUCCAGUUGAGGAAUUGAAAUCUCUUGGAGAUGAUGAUUACAGAGGCAAACAAGCUGAAGUAUAUGAGUUAAGCAAAGACUCCCGCAGGAUCAAAGGUCAUAUUAUGGAUGCUCGAAGAAGAAUAGAGUCUCCAAAUCCCGACCAAACUGUGACAACCAGAAUUGGUUAUGAUCUAGGUAAGGGAUUGGAGUCUCUUGGAGGAAACCAGGAAGGAGAAUCAGUCAAAUAUGGCUUAACUCAAAAAUUGGAAGUAGGUGGUACAAAAAAUGACCCGCGUGGGCGACAAGCUCGUACUCGAGCAAGAAGUAGACAAGGGCCUUUGAAUCCUAACCAACUUAUGAGUACUGGUAGUGGUAAUGAUUCGAGUAGCGCAAUGGUUUUUUUGGACGAUGAAGAAGGCAAAGCUGAAGAAUUAGAACCAUUUGCAAGUGCUCGAGGAGGUAUACAGGCUUUGAGUGAAGCUAAGGUUCCGGAUUUUAUCCAAACUUUAACCGCCACAAAUGUUGAUGAUUCUAGUGAGGAAUUAAAGUCAGUUGGUGGUGACGAUUACAAAGAUGACAAAGCAAAAGUACAUGAAUUGAAAUUUGGUGGUUCAAAAAAAGAUUUGCGAGAGCGCCAACAUCGUACUCCGGUACGAGAGGAAGUCAAGCUUUUUAAUCUUAAAAAAAUUGGGACUGCCGUAACCGGUAGUGAUCCGGGCAAGGCACUGGUUUCUUUUGACGAUGAAGAUGACAAAGUACAAGAGUCAGAACCAAUUGCCUCAAAUGUAGAUCCAUACUUCCUACAACCGCUUUCUAGUGCUCAAGGAACCGACCAGUCUCCCAAUCUUGUCCAAAAUUUAACCGCCACAAUUAAUGAUGAUCCAAAUGUGGAAUUGAAGCCUCUCGGAGAUCGCGAUUACAAAGGAAAAAAUGCAGAAGUAUAUGAGUUAAGCAAAGACUCGCGCACGACUAGAGGUCAUAUUAUGGGUCCACGAACAAGAAUAGAGCCUCCUAAUCUCGAUCAAAUUGUGACAGCCAGAAUGGGUGAUGAUCUAGGCAAGGGAUUGGAGUCUCUUGGAGGUAACCAGUUUGGAAAAUCAUACAAAGAUGGCUCAAAUAAAGAUGUGCCAGGCUCUGGUCAGACUAGUAGAGGAACACAACAGCUUCCCAAUCCUGUCCAAAUUUUGACAGCCACAAACGAAGAUGAUCCAAAUCCAGAACUUGAAUUUUGUGAAGAUGACAAAGAUUUGGAAUCAGAAUAUUCAAACAAAGAUUUGGGCAUCCAAGAAACUUCUCCAGGUGAAAUAGAGCCUUCAAUAGAUGAUCAAAGUGUGUUUGCGACUGUUGAUGAUGAUCCAGACGUGCUACAAUUUCAUAACAAUGAGCAUGACGAAGAACUAGCAGAAUCAAAUAAAGAUGCUCGUCGUGGAAAGCCACUUUCUCGUCCUCGUACCACUAGUCUCAGAGGGAAAAGACGAGCCUGAUUCAAGUCUAUGCUAAAUGCUAUUGUGGUUACUCAAUCUUUCAUCAAGCUCAGAAGCGAUGCAUCAUUAUGUGUGAUUUAGGUACAUGGGUUUGUCUAGCCUCUUGCCUAAUCUCCUAGUUCUCCGCGUUGCGUUUCGGCUUGCGGCCUUGUUCAAGUUAGUUAGUGUUCUGUAUUUGUUGGGCUUUGAUCUAUGUACUUAAUUUCAUGAAUUGAUUUUUAGUCGAGUGUUAUCCUAAAUCAUGAUAUGUGUACUUAAUUUCAUAACCUGAUUUUAAAUGUUAGUGUUACCUAAAA